UUUUCAACUCAAGGAAGCAAACAAGUCUGGGAGUAAAACCGGAAAGCUGUCUCUUCUUUCCUCUGGGCCACCCCUUCUUUCCCUCUUUCCUUCCUUCUUGCUCAUUCUCACUUUCUUCUUCCUCACGCUCCCAAGAGGAUAAGGACAAGGACAGAAGCUUGAACACAGAUGCUGUGAUGGACACCAAAGCGGUUUUUGUGGCUCUCUACAAUGUCUGCGAAGAGAAUGCCACCUUCUUCUCAGGAGGGUCCAAAGGACCACAGAGUGACGCAGCCCAACGACUGGUGGACACCUUGAAGCUAAUCCAGGAGCACGCCCGCAGUCUAGAACCCGUCAUCUCCGGCUUCGCCGCGGUCUACCACCAUUUUGACUUUGACCCUCACAUACCGGCCAAUGGCUAUCGCUCGCUUGUCAAGGUGGUGCGUUGCUGCCUCCUCCAUAUUAUCCACAAGGGCCGCUACAUCACUGCCAACCGCCGCAGCAUCUUCUUCCGUGUGUCCCACAAUGCCGGUGAGAUAGAGGCUUACUGCAAUGCCCUGUGCCAGCUGCGGGCACUGCUCUACCUGGCGCAACGCAUGCUGCACGACAACAACCACGGUGACCUCUUUUUCCACGAUGAAACCGGUCUCAGCGAGAGCUUUGUGCGGGAAUACAGUUCUAUGCACAAGGGCUGCUUCUACGGCCGCUGCCUGGGCUUUCAGUUCACUCCUGCCAUCCGGCCCUCUCUGCAGACCAUCGCCAUCGGCCUUGUGGCCUUUGGAGAUAACUACAGGCGACAUCAGUCUGGAAUAGGUGUAGCAGCAAGCUCCUUAUUUACGUCGGGCAAGUAUGCCAUCGACCCCGAGCUGAGAGGGGCCGAAUUUGAGCGCAUCACACAGAACCUUGACGUCCAUUUCUGGAAGACUUUCUGGAACAUCACAGAGACCGAAGUGCUGUCGAGUCUGGCCAGUAUGACGUCCGCACCAGUCAAAGUGAACCGAGCGCUUUCCGUGCCUCCCGUUCCCUUCGAACUCCCGCUGGCAGCCAAUCACCAAGCCUCAGUGACCAUACCACCGCCAUCGGCGCACAUCGGUGCCGCUCCAGUUCAGAUGAGGCUCAUCUCGUAUGACCUGCGGGAAGGACAGGAUAGCGAGACACUGCUAUCGCUCACUCGCUCUGAUGCAGGCGCCAUCUCCCUCUCGCUGGGGAUGAAGACCAAGCGGCUGCCCUCAUCCCCCUACCUACUCAUCCACUUUCACGGCGGAGGCUUUGUGGCACAGACCUCCAAAUCCCAUGAGCCCUAUCUGAAGAGCUGGUCCCAGGACCUGGGUGUCCCCAUUCUGUCGGUGGACUACUCCCUGGCCCCCGAGGCCCCCUUUCCACGGGCCCUGGAGGAAUGCUUCUAUGCGUACUGCUGGGCUGUCAGGAACCACCACCUUCUAGGGUGGACUGGGGAGAAAGUGUGUCUGGCAGGUGACAGUGCCGGGGGAAACCUGUGCGUGACCACGUCGCUGCGCGCCGCUGCCUACGGUGUCCGCAUGCCAGACGGCCUUGUGGCCGCCUACCCGGCCACGCUACUGACAGCCUACGCCUCGCCUUCCCGUCUGCUCACCCUCAUGGAUCCCAUGCUGCCGCUCAGCGUCCUCUCCAGGUGUCUUAAUGCGUAUGCAGGUAAUGAGCCGCACACAGAGAAGCAGGUGGAGAAGGUGAGCACACUCAGCAUGGUGAAGAGAGACACAGCCCUGCUGCUUCGAGACUUCAGGCACGGCGCGUCCAACUGGAUCCACUCGCUACUGGAUUCCAACAGAACCGCCAACCCGCCUGGGACUGGUGCAGAGCCGCAACCAGAAGCCACUGGAGUGGUGAGGAAGAGUGUGUCCGAGGCGUCUAUCUCAUCUCCCCAUGUGAACUCGCCACUGCCCUCUGAGGACUACGCCGGGAAAUUAUCUGGGAAGAGCCAGACAUGCCUGGACUUGGGAGCUCAUAAUUCCACCUCCCACUGUGUUCCACUUCUAUGCAAACGCACUCCAGAAGAAGUCCACUUCUCCAUCUCCAUGGACGCUCAUAAAUCUGUGCACAGUGAUCUGACUUCGGUGGCCAUAGCGCCCCCUGGUGGCGAGGAUGGCUCAGAGUUCCCGCUUGGCUUCGAGCCGCUGCGUUCGGAGCAGCUUUCUGAGAUGAAAUUGCACAGUUCUCCGGUCGUCAAGGACCCCUUCUGCUCGCCCCUUCUGGCCCCUGACAGCAUGUUGAAGGCUCUGCCGCCCGUGCACAUUGUGGCGUGUGCUCUGGACCCCAUGCUAGAUGACUCGGUGAUGUUCGCCAAGCGCCUGCGGGCCGUCGGACAGCCCGUCACUCUGUGCGUGGUGGAUGACCUCCCCCACGGCUUCCUAAGCCUGUCGCAGCUCUCCCGGGAGACCAGGGAGGCGGCCAACGUGUGCGCCGAGCGAAUUCGCACUGUCUUCACCCAAAAAGAGACUCCGCCGCCUGAGCCGCGCAAGCACCGCAAGCUGGAACGGACCGACAGGGGCGAGGCCACCGCUGCCCUAUUUGUCGGAGGUGAGCUGGACAGAGGACUCGGGGCAAAAAUGUCCGAAGGGGAAGGCUUUGUUACUAUCACCCAAAAUGACGUUGAGGGUGUCGUGGCUUAGGAAAGACAGUUAGGCAAGCUGAUGUCAAGACAACAAAGAGGAAGCCGCCGUCCCUCUGCUUUAAAAACUCGACGAUGUUCUUGUCUAAACACUUUCUUGCACCCGUAACACGGUGUGUAAAGAUUUUAAGGAAAUACAAUGCAGCAACACAGAUCUAUUCUGCUUAGAUGAGGUGUCUGAGUGUUCCAGCAUCUCUGAUCAUUUCUGGAGUGGAAAUCCUGGACGGGCUUCUCAGAUAAGGCUCCUCAGAUGUAUCGUUCCAAUCUGAACAGCCCCUAUUGUCCUUUGGAGAAUCUCUCUACAGCACACUUAAUAGGGCCACAUUGUCCUCUUCAUUACGCUGGCAAUACAACUCACUGUGUUGACACUAACUCUGUUGACUUGCACCUGAAAUCCAAUUAACGGAAAAACAGACACAAACGAAAGGCUGCACUACACAUUUCUUUCCUGGUGGACUUUUUUUUCAAUCAUUGCUGUCGUUGUUUACCCAUUUCUAUUACAUAUCCAUAUCUGCUCUGUAAUGGAGUACAUUGUAGCAGAUGUUUUUGUGUCAUGUUGAUCUGUAAUUCUAUGCCGUUGAUUCCACCAUUUGUGGAAUGCUUAGUACAUGUUAAGUAACCGUUUUUUUUAAGUCUAUCAAUGUCUACUGAGACCAAUGGAGGAGGAGGCAUAAACAUUACAGUAAUUGGACUAAGCCAACGAGCAAGUGAUAACCCCCCCAAACCACCAAAAAACAAAGGUGGAUCAGUGCCUGUAGAUGCCACAAAGCACAACAUGAAGCUUCUCAACUCACUUCAACAUCGUCCGUUGGGACCAAGAUGCCACAAGAUAGUGGCAAAGCAUCACAUGAGCCUCCUCAACUCACUUCAAAAUAGUGUAGUUCCUUGGAAUCAAGAUGUCAUUAGAUGGGAUUUUAGCCUGUGCCCAAAAACAGUCAACAGGUGUUCUUCAGUGAAUAAUGGUGGAUAGGCUCCUAAAACAGUUAAGUAGCUAAUUGUAAAUAUGUGGGGAAUUGUUGAUAGACCACAAAUUAUGAUCCGAAAAACAAUGUGUCAUUUCACAGUCAUCUUGUAAGAGGACCUUUAAAAAUAUAUGGCCUCCAGAUUUUAGUUUUAAAAAAUGCACCAGGAGUGCAUGUGUACAUGCACAUGUGGCCAAAACUCUCCUAACUUCCACUAACUCAAAAUUCAUAAAAACUCCAUCCCAACAAGAUUAGAAAGGAACUUUUUCAUUGGCCCGUCUGCACAGGAAAUUAGCUCUGCCAAUAACUGGGGAUCCACUUUAUUGAAGUUUUACUUUACAAUGUUCGUAUGUACAAGACUUUGGUGUCCGUCUCUGGAGAAGGAUCUGGCACCAAUCCCAAAUGGUUUUCAGCACAACUCAAGGACAUUACAAAAUUGAGGACGAAGAUUGUUCAGGGGUGUUCUACGUCAACAGGGCUAGAUUUGAAAAAUUUGAUUUUGCCCACCGCAGGGUGGCGUUUUCCGCACUUUUCUCCAGAGCAAUGUCCAAAAUGAUGGAGGGAGGUGGAUAAAAGGAUUUACCUCAAGUGCAAAAAUCCUCCCCUGUAGACUCUGAGCGGGAUUUUCCGACUGGUGGAUUAGCGCUGAGUAUUUGCUGCAACGUUUUACUGUCAGAUUGAUGAAGAAAACUGCCGCAGUUGAGUAGGAAGACAGCUGAGCUCAUCCUCUCGAGCAAGUUGGGCACAACUUUGCUCUUGUGGCACUUUUGCUCUAGUUUAUAGUACAGUCUUGAGUACACGCCUCCAUUAUUUUGUUCGUCCUUCCCUGAUGCCUUGAAUGUGGCAUCAAGUGCAAGCGGUCACAUUGGCCAAACUAGCACUUUAAUCAUCCGCUGCUCAAACCGCAUGGAGCUUUGCAAGUUUUUUUUAGCCAUUUUUAAAGAGAGAUCCAAAAUCUCUGCAUAGAACCAUAACAGAAGAAUCGUCACUUUUCUGCCCGUUGCAAUGCAAACCCAGAAUUUUGCUGCUUUUAGAUCGUUUUGACGGCAGUUCUACUGCCUGGUGUUAUGUUUACUUGAUGAUCUACUUGCUUUUUAUUCACUUUCAACACAAGCGGGGAGGAGCAGUGAGUCUCUGGUGUUAAACGUCACGCGCCUGUAUGGCCAUUUCUGGUGUUCCCAGUCUAAGAUGUGGCCAAACAUGAACAUUUGAUGAGUCAUCAGUUGAUAAUGUCCCCCUUCAAUUUUCUAAGUGGUGGGUAUGAACAUUUCUUUCCACAGAGAGCCCAGCAGAGGUGUGAUAUUGUUUAAACUUUUUUCGCACAGCAUCAUGACAUCCCAAGGUCGGAUAAUUAGAUGACAGAAGCGUAUGAUAAUAUAGUCAUUUGAUAAUGAUAAUUGCUUUCAAGUGAGUUUCAGAUAUUACGGAUAACUUCACAACAGUCUCGUAUUUCUGGCCUUCCUCUUUUGUGAGCAAUUUUGCAAAUGUGUUCUUAUUAGUUAUGAUGUUAAUAGUCCAUGUCAUUGCAGUUGCUCAUCAUCCACUCCAGUCUUGUGAUGAACACUCAUUUUCAUACUUUUUUUUUGUUUUCUUUUGUUUUAUCAUUGUGGAUUUAGUGCUGUCAAAGUAUGCUGGAACAGCUGAGUCACUUUUAUUUCACGACAGCUGUUAUGACGACAUGGUGCAUCAUUAAAUGCAACCCCCGUUGAACUUAACUUUGUGCACGACGAGAAAAAUCUGAUCAGCCAUGAGGAAACUCGUGUCCGACUUUGAGACUGGCGACUUUUGAAGACUGGUUGAAAGUUUUGACCUGUUGAUGACACGGGUUUGACAUCCAUAUUUUGAGCCAGAAUGUGUUCGGCUCCCAUUUACAGUUGAUAGGAUUUAUGUUGGAUAGGAACGUUGUCCUUGACCUGUGACAACUUGAAUUAAAACACGAAAAUAUUUUAAAAGAGAACAGUCAAGAAUUAAGACUGAUGGACUCAUUAAUUUUGAAACCAAAGUUAGCUGCUGAACUAAAGUGCGUCCUAGACAUUCUCCAAAAUUGCGUCAGUUGUGCAUCAAUCAAUUUUAAAUUCUUAAUCAAAGAUUGCAAGUUCAAAUGCUGAGACCAUAUUUACUGUUUUCCAGUCAAUGUGGUUGCUAGUUCACUCUUUACUUUUAAUAGCAUCAUGCUGUAAAAAGGCUAAUCAGCUGUAGUUAAAGAAGCCGUGGACCGGAAACCAUGCUGUAUUUCCGUCAAGAAAACACCACAAGUGCAAACCUGUGAAUAGAAAUAAAAAUAAGUUGAAUGUAUUUUUAACCUUAUGUAUGAUUCAUGUAGAUAUUUGUAUCUAAAAACUGUUUGUCAAAUGUAAUUCUCUGCAGGGUUCAUAGACAAAUGGUCUAUUCAUUUUUAUCAAAAAUAAAAUCUAUCCCACCA